AUGACUCAAUUGGAUAACUACCAAGACACUCGAUCUGUCUUUUUUGUUGCUGAUUUCGAAAAGUCCAAGGGCAAUUAUAUCGUUGAUGCCGACGGCAAUGCUAUGUUGGACGUUUUUGCGCAGAUCGCAUCCAUUCCUGUCGGUUACAAUAACCCUGCUUUCCUUAACCUCGCAAAAGAGCCUGCUUUCCAAACAGCACUUGCCAACCGAGCGGCCCUCGGCGUCAAUCCUAAUAAGGACUGGGUAGAUUCAGUCGAGAAGGCAUUCAUGCGUGUCGCUCCUGCGGGCAUGUCGAACGUAUUCACAGUCAUGUGUGGAUCAUGCGCGAACGAGAACGCAUUCAAGACUGCAUUCAUGUACAAGGCGGCUAAACGACGUGGCGAUAAAGACUUUUCGUUAAAUGAAUUGCAAUCAUGCAUGCACAAUCAAGCACCUGGCUCGCCUGAUAUGGCCAUCCUUAGCUUCUCCCGUGGAUUCCACGGCCGUUUAUUCGGUUCAUUGGCGGCAACUUCCAGCAAGGCCCUCCACAAAGUCGAUAUUCCUGCCUUCAAUUGGCCCAAGGCCACGUUCCCUCAACUCAAAUACCCGCUCCACAUGCAUCAAGAGCACAACAGUCAGGUCGAGCAACAAUCGCUGCACGAAGUGGAGCAGUUAUUGAACAAGCACGAUGUUGCUGCCAUUGUGGUAGAGCCGAUCCAGUCCGAAGGAGGCGAUAACCACGCCUCACCACACUUUUUCCGCCAAUUACAAGCCAUCUGUCAAAAGAAUGACAUUUUGUUCAUCAUUGACGAGGUCCAAACUGGUGCUGGCGCCACUGGCACCUUUUGGGCACAUGAAGCAUGGGAUUUGCCCAGUCCGCCAGAUAUGGUGACAUUUUCCAAGAAAUUCCAAGCCGCUGGAUUCUAUUUGAAUCGACGACUGCGACCCACAAAGCCUUAUCGCUUGUACAACACAUGGAUGGGCGACCCGGUACGCGCCAUGCAAGCUGCUGCGAUUGUUAACGAAAUUGAAGAUAAGCAACUCCUGAAUAAUGUCAAGAGCACUGGCAGCUAUCUGCAGCACCAUCUCUCUGGCAACAACAAGCUUGAUUCUGUACGCGGUCAAGGUGCAUUCAUCGCCUUUGAUCUCGAGUCGCCAGCCAAGCGCGACAAGUUUUUGAUAGAUAUGCGCCAAUUGGGUGUCAACGUGGGAGGCUGUGGUGACAAGACCGUCCGCCUGCGGCCAAUGCUGACUUUCCAAAAGCACCACGCUGACAUUUUGCUUGAAACUAUGGAACGUGCGUUAUGA